AUGGCGUCCGUCGCUGUGGCCGUCGUUCUCAUGAGCGGCAGGAAGGUUAACAUCGAGGUGCCAAGUACUGCCUCACUGGAUGAGCUGAAGCAGCGUGCAGGGAAUGCUUUGGGCAUUCGGGGCAGCUUGCUCCACUCUUCAGGCCGCUUGCUCGAGGGCCCCCAGACGGUGUGCGAAGCAGGUCUGCAGAUGGGCGAUGUCCUCACAUUGCACAUGAGGCCUAUCUCUGUCGCGGCCACGCAUGGGGCCUUUGCAGCUAUCCUGUCCGAUGGAAGUGUGGUGAGCUGGGGCCAUGGAGAACUGGGUGGCGACUGCCAAAGCAAGCAGUCUCGAGAGCAUCCCAGAAAUGUGUGGUUCUUAAAGACCACUGAUGUUUCCGUUGCAGCUGUGCUAGGCACCGGGAAUGUGCUGACAUGGGGCUAUGCAUUCCACGGCGGUGACAGCAGCAGCGUCCAGGAUCAGCUUCAAGACGUGACACAUCUUCAGGCCACUAGUUCUGCCUUCGCUGCCGUUCGCAGGGACGGUUCCGUGGUGACCUGGGGUUUGCCUGAGCGAGGUGGCGAUAGCAGUUCUGUCCAGAAAAGCUUGCGGAAUGUGCUGCACAUCCAAUCUACUCAGUGUGCCUUUGCUGCCAUUUUGGAUGAUGGCUCGGUCGUCACCUGGGGCAGCAGCAAUGGUGGUGGCGACAGUUCUGCAGUAGAUGCACAGCUGAGGGAUGUGCACAGCAUUCAAUCGACACAGAGCACUUUUGCGGCAAUCCUGCGAAACGGCUCCGUCGUGACGUGGGGUCGCCAGGAAGCCGGGGGCGACAGUACUGCAGUCCAGCACCGGCUGAAGAAGGUGAAGGAUGUCCAGUCCACGUUGCAUGCCUUCGCCGCCAUUUCCGAGGAUGGGUCUGUCACAACCUGGGGUCAUGCCAGCCAUGGCGCCGACAGUUCUGCCAUAGAGGGGCGGCCCAAUAACGUGCAUCAAAUCCAGGCUAGCAGUUCUGCUUUUGCCGCCUUACUCAUCGAUGGAUCUGUGGUGACACGACAUUUGGAUUGGCCCACCACAUCCAGACCUGAAUAUCGAAUAUGA